AGUGACAUCCGGCCGAACCGAGCCGAAGCCCCGCCACCAUGGACACGGACGUGGCGGUGUCUCUGUCGGUGCUCGCGGGGCUCGUGGUGCUGAGCGAGGUGACCCGCAGAGUCCUGGUCCGGGUCCUGGCGGGCUCUGAGCUCUACAAGGACGCGGCAGAGCUCGUGUCCACCUUCCAGCUGUGCUGCUGCACGCACGAGCUGAAGCUGCUGUCCGAGGUGGGCGGGGUCCACCCUCACCUCGCGCUCACCUUCACCUACCUGGCGUCGGUGGUCCACGGGCUCACCUUCAGGGGGGCCAUCGGGAACCCCUGCGGCGCGCUGCAGCGAGCGUACCACGCCACGCUGCCCGGCGGCCGCGCGCUGCGGCGGAUCGUGUGCCAGUUUGCGGCAGCCACCGCUGCACGCGCCGCAGCAACGCAGGUGUGGGGGAUCGGACUGUCGGAGCUGCACGCGAGGCACAAGCGGCAGGGUUUCCGGUGCGUCAGCCCUGUUCGCGGCUCUCUGUGCGAGGCUGCUGCCGUGGAGCUCGCGUGCGCCUUCGCGGUUCAGACGGUGAUCGCGCACACGCAAUCUGUGGAGGAGAAAUACCGGGUGCACGCGGUGGCUGCUGUCAAUACAGCAGUGACUUAUGCAGGGUGGAUGAGUUCGGUGCUGCUCUUUGAUAAACUCUCUCUUCAGCCACCACAGAGCAAGAAGACAUGA